AUGGCGAAAUGGAGUGCGAUAGUAGUGAUAAUGAUGAUGGUGGUGAUUGCUGCGACGGUGACAGUACAAGUAGAAGCAAAACAAAGUUGGAUUCAAUGUUUUCGAGAGUGUUCGAAACCUUGUGCCGAUCACGACGGUGAUUGCUUUGAACGUUGUAAAGUCCAAUGCGGUGGCCCAAACCCUCCCCAUGGUCCUACUCCUCCUCCCCAUGGUCCUACUCCUCCUCCCCGUCGAAUCUCACGUGGGAUGGCAUCUAUGGAAGUUCGCGGAAGGAGAGAGUGA